UCUAGCAGUUUUAAUGUAUAUGUGCUGUGCUGGAGUGUUGUAUGUCGGGUGUUGUCAUAUCACUACACCGCACUGUGUUUAUUGUAUGUGUUUGUUAGGAAACGUCGGAGUAAACCUUUAGCCGUCCAUGUAUUACAGAGAGCAGUUAUAACCAACAGACAGCUAUCAGCGUGAGGCUGGAGGAAACACACUAACGUUAUGUCGGCAAAUAAAACAAAGAAAGUCAAAAUGGCUACUAAAUCCUGUCCUGAAUGCGACCAACAGAUUCCAGUGGCGUGUAAGUCCUGCCCGUGUGGUUAUGUGUUCAUUAGCAGAAAACUCCUAAAUGCCAAGAUAAAUGAACGCUCCUCUCCAACCAUAGCAGACAAGCUGGACUCUAAGAGGAGGAGGACAGAACGCAUUCGCAGAGACCGGAUUGACUCUCCUUUAAGUAGUGACAUGGAGAACAGGAGAAGAUCCCGGGCCAACAGCCAAUCAGAUCCAAUCCGGAGGGGACGGGGCAGACCAAAAACAGUAGGACUUAAGAAACAAGAAGAGGAGAAAGAGAAACAGGAGAAGGAAGUGGAUAUUUACGCCAGUCUUUCUGACGAGAAAGCUUUUGUGUUCUCCGUGGCCUUGGCUGAGAUCAACCGCAAGAUCCUGGGUCAAACACUCAUCUUAUAGACUAAAGGCUGAAUAAGUGAGAAACCCAGCACAGAGGACCUAUCAUAGGAAAAACUACCAAAUGGCAAGAGGAUGACCAAAGAAGCCAGAAGUGGCGGAAGCUGAACUUUGACCUGGACGUGUUUCCAUUUGGACGACCUAAUGAGAUGCAGAGAAGGGUUUCAUUUAGGAGAGUGAGAGACUGAACAAUGAUACACUCAUAUGAAAUAAAUAGACUGUUAUCAGGUGAUCAUCUCCAGCAGACCUGAGCUCCACAUUAACAGAAGGAACCAUGACAUUAUCAAUCAAGUGUUAUCUUAUGAACUGAAGAUGAUGCCUCUGUCAUUCACUUUGAAAUAGCAGUUGUUGAAAAUGCAAUAAAGAUUUUUUUGGGGAUUGCCA